AUGGCCACCUUUCUUACCAACCCUUUUCCUCUCUUCAUCUUCUUCUUCCUUGUUUCAUACCCUGUUUCUCUUUUCGCUUCCUCAACAAACCAAAUCAUCUCCUGUUUAACUCAAUAUAAAAUCAACAACUUCACCACCUUUCCCAUCAGAACAAACAACUCUUCAACUUACUACUACCACCUCCUAAAUUUUUCCAUUCAAAAUCUUCGGUUUACCGACUCUUGGGUCCCCAAACCGCUCGCCAUUGUCUUGCCCAAGAGUGUGGAGGAAAUAUCCAACACAGUCUUGUGCUGUAGGAGAUUGUCCCUUGAAAUUAGGGUUAGGUGUGGGGGACACAGCUAUGAAGGAACGUCAGCCUUCGCCAGCGAUGGAGCUUCAUUUUUAAUAAUUGAUAUGAUCAAUUUGAACAAGGUGGCGGUGGACUUGACUUCGGAAACAGCUUGGGUAGGAGGCGGUGCAACGCUUGGAGAGACGUACUAUGCCAUUGCGGAGGCGAGUAAUGUCCAUGGAUUCUCAGCGGGGUCUUGCCCAACGGUGGGGGUUGGUGGACACAUUGGCGGUGGAGGGUUUGGGUUGUUGUCGAGAAAAUAUGGAGUUGCAGCUGAUCAUGUGGUGGAUGCUUUACUUGUUGAUGCAAAUGGAAGGUUGUUGAAUAGGGAAGGCAUGGGAGAAGAUGUGUUUUGGGCCAUUAGAGGAGGAGGUGGAGGAGUCUGGGGCAUUGUUUAUGCAUGGAAAAUCAAAUUGAUCAAAGUGCCAAAAAUUGUGACAAGUUUUAUUAUCUCUAGACAAGGCACAAAAUCUCAUGUAGAAAAUUUAGUAAACAAAUGGCAACACAUAGCACCCAAUUUGAUUGAUGAUUUUUACAUAACUUGUUUUGUGGGAGCUGGAUUGCCUGAGGCUGAAAAGAUUGGAGAAAUUUCAGCUACAUUUAAAGGGUUCUAUCUUGGUCCAAGAAAUGAAGCUUUAUCAAUUGUAAAACAAGCUUUUCCUGACGUACAACUCGGAGAAGAAGAUUGCAAAGAAAUGAGUUGGAUUGAGUCAAUUUUAUUCUUCUCUGGGUUAAGUAAAGGAAGCUCAAUAUUAGACCUGAAAAACAGGUAUUUACAAGACAAGAACUACUUCAAAGCAAAAUCAGAUUAUGUGAAAACUCCAAUUUCAGCCUCAGGGAUAAGUUCAUUAGUAGAAAGUCUUGAAAAUGAGGCAAAAGGGUAUGUAAUUUUAGACCCUUAUGGUGGAACAAUGGAGAGGAUAAGUGGUGAGGACAUUCCAUUUCCUCACAGGAAAGGCAAUUUGUUUACAAUUCAAUACUUGGUGGCAUGGUAUGAAGAGGAUAAUGACAAGAGCAAGAAAUACAUUGAAUGGAUAAGGGAUUUGUAUGGUAAAAUGACAGAAUUUGUAUCAUGGGGGCCAAGGUGUGCUUAUAUAAAUUACAUGGAUAUUGAUUUGGGAGAGAUGGAAUUAAUAAAUUCAAGUGAUCAAAAUGAGGAUGCAGUGGAAAUAGCUAGGGUUUGGGGUGAAAAAUACUUCUUGAAAAAUUAUGAUAGAUUGGUUAAAGCUAAAACGAUUAUUGACCCAAAUAAUGUGUUUACUAAUCAACAAGGGAUCCCUCCCAUGUCUAAUCAUUUUGUGAGAAUUAAGAGUGAGGAGUAAGAGAGAUAUGUGUCUAC